UCCUAUAGAGACUCAGCAGCCAGCCUUUGCCCAAAAGCAAAAUGGCGCCCAGAGCAUCAUUCCCAUCCUCUCGCGAGGCUUCCCUGGGGUUGCCAUGGCAACGGAAGACGCACAGUGGAUGCAGAGGGAUAGGUGUCUUGCUUCAGCAGCGGAAUCCCAGCCUUCCCAUGGCUCUCUCAAAUUCUGUGCAACAUGCUGACAUCUCUGGAAAUUCAGUCAAGCCAGUGAGCAUCACAGUGCUGGAGGGACGUGACUUGAAAGGCAUCAAAGGAGAUAGCCCAGUGACCUAUGUGCGGGCUGAAUACAAUGGCGUCAUUCUUGGGGACUCCCCCAAAACGGAGGCUUCACCGGAAGGGCAUGUGAAGUAUAAUUUUACUAUCACCUUUGACUGCAACCCUGACGGACCCCACUAUCUGGAUGACAUUGCGCACAAACCCUUGCUCUUGACUUUAAUUGAAGUCUUGCCAAAGGAAAAGAAGCAAAAAGAGGAGAAGACGGUGAACCUGGGCCAAGCUGUGCUGGACCUUUUGCCUCUACUGCAAGGACUGUGUUUAUUCAAUGCAACGCUUCCGGUGUACCCACUGCCUGGUUCUCCCCUGGAGACCCUUCGACCAGAUGCCAAGUGCGCCAUCGAUGUGUCGGUGUCUGUCCCGGAAAGUCUGCUGUCUCCAACACAGUUGUCUGAAGGCAAUCUUCUCAGGGUUACUGUUGAAGCUGCUUAUGCCGUUCCCGAAAUAUUUGUUCCUGCAGGGCCUCCACAGAACUAUAUGGUUGGCUUUCAGGUGCCAGCUAUUGGUGAGAAAGAAUGCCCUUUCGUGUUCAGGAACGGGCUUUUGAAACUUGGAGGUGAGAAAGAACCAGUCCCCCGACCAAAGAAAUGGCCGGUCGCCAACAUCUUAACAUCUGGAGGGCUGAACAUCCCAGAUUCUUUUAUCGUCGGUGGUCCGUAUGAGGAAGAGGAUGGAGAGCUGACCUCAGCGGAGGACAGGGAAGUCAGGAUUCAGGGAGAAAUUGUCAAAAAACGGAUCGUGUGGGAUUUGGAAAGGCGCUGUUACUUAGACCCUGCAGCUGUACUCUGCUUUCGAAAGCGGAUUGCAGAUUCUCGGUACUGGCCUGUGGAGAUCACCCGAGUUCCUAUGGUCGGUUCCACUAAAGGAAAAGGUGGAAAAGGAGAGAAGGGAGGCGGAGGAGGUGGCGCUGGAGGAGCCGAGGAAGAGGCCAUUUCUUUUCAUGGUGUAGCUUUUGUCAACUUAGUGCCUUUACUGUACCCUGGAGUGAAGCGGAUUCGGGGAGCCUUCCGAGUUUUAGCCUACCAUGACAGUGAGGUAUUUGAAAAGACCAAGGUUCUCUUCAGUCUUUUCCGUGAUGUUGGCAUCCAGGGGACCCUCAAUAAAUUUGGACCCAUGGGCAUGUAUGUCCCACAUACGAAAGCUUUACUUGGGAAGAACACCAAGGAUGACAAGCCUGGUAAAGAAGCCAUCAUAAGAAAGAAGGAGAAAUUUAGUCGCCCCAGUGUGAUAAACUCCACCGAGGAAUUGCUGUGUUUUGUCAACCUUUGGAGGCUCCCAACCAAGACUUGGCUCCUCAACAAAAUGUUUGAUGUGGGAUCCCUUGGCAAGAUUUCCUCUGGCAAUCCCCACCUCGGUCAGUGGGCUCAGGUGUCAACUAUUGUGAGAAAGGACGCAUCAGAUACCACAAUAGACGCAGCCGUGUCCAUUUUUCAGAAUCUGGAAGGGCAGCACUACGCAGAAAGUGGAACAUUUCUGGUGAUAGAGUUUGCAUUGGACAGACCCUUGGUGCCCAAGCGUUUGCCGGAGGAACUUGCCAGCCGGGUGAAGGAGAUGAUUCCUCCACGUCCUCAGCUCCCCCGAAAGAGCGCAGGAGCCAAGAAGGCAGUAGAAGACUACCAUGCUCAGGUUACUAGCAUUGCUGCAUCCAUUCUGGAUGAGUACCAUGAGCUGUUUGGAAGGCAGUUGGCAGAAGGGUUUGUCAUUGACAGUCACACCUUGGAGGACCAGAAAUGCCAGCUCAAUUAUGAGCUCAACAGCUCUGGAAAAUACUUCGCUUUUAAGGAGCAACUCAAGCACGCAGUUGUGAAAAUUGUCCGAGAGAAGUACUUGAAAACAAAAGCGUUUGACAACCUGGACCAGCUCCAAGCUUUCCUGAGUGAAUUGUAUGUGUACUUGAUCGAUCAGAUGCAUGUUGCUUUGAAUCAGGUGCUAUCGCAACAGAGCCCAAGCCCUCCUGCUCCCGCCUUUACCACCUCUGAACAGCUCCGGCUCUUUGCUCGCGAAGCCCAAACCAACGAAGACUAUGCCUUGGCAUCGACUUACUAUCAGGAGAGAUUGGCCCGUGACCGCCAAGAUAUUGGAAGCUGGUUGGAUUAUGGCGCUUUUUGUCUGUUGACCGAAGACACUCUCAAAGCGCAAGAAUGCUUCCGUGAAGCCCUUGCGCUGAAUCCCAAUCACCUGCACAGCUUGCUGCUCUGCGGCAUCUUGGCUGUGAUGCUUGAGAACUACGAAGAGGCUGAAGUCUUCUUUGAGAAUGCCACCUGCAUACAUCCCUCCAGCAUUGUGGCCUGGACUAUCUUAGGGUUGUUCUACGACAUGCAGGAGAACCCCAUUCAGGUGGAGAUGGCGUUUCGGGAGGCUUCCAAAGUUCAGAAAGCUCGCCUGGCCAAGGAGAAGCCGCCCCCUGAGAGUUCAGAUGGCGGAGGACGGAAGAAUGUGUCUGCCCCGAGUUCAAGAGCCCAGUCUAUCAUAAUGGCUGGGGAAGAACUGAUUUCUGAGGACACUGCAGACACCUCCAUGAAAAUCCAACCUGAUUCUUUGGAGCCCACCACCUUAAACCUUUCUCACCCAGAAGAGGAACAACUGGUGGUGCGGAGGACAUCCAAAAGGCUAUCAACGGUUACUAGUAAACUCAAGAUGAGCACUCAAAAAGAGGCAGCCAAACCUGUUGGGGUUACAUUUGAAGCAGAACAUCCCCCAGUGCUUCCCCCACAACCUACCAUCACCAUCUUUAUGGAGACGAUAAAUUUCUUGAUAGAAGUCAAUGCCCUUCAGUUUGUUCACAGGGCACUGGCUCACGAACUGCUCUGCCCACAAGGCGGUCCCAGCUGUGAUUACUAUCUGGUGCUGGCCCAGACGUACUUGCUCAAGAAGGAGUACAGCAAGUCAGAGGAAUGCCUUGAAAUGGCUGUCCAGAUUGAUUACUUGAGUCCAGACGUUUGGGCCCAGAAAGGCCAUCUCUCCUAUCUGACUGGGAACUUCAGUGAAGCCAAGGCUUGUUAUGAGCGAACCAUCAGUUUUGUGACAGAUGCAAAAGAAAUCCAUUUUGUAUACCUGAGACUGGGUUCCAUCUAUCUGGAAGAGAAGGAGUACGACAAGGCAAAGAACAUCUACCUGGUAGCCAGCAAGAAAUCGCCAACGUGUCUCACCUGGCUGGGAGUGGGCAUUGCCUGUUAUAGGCUAAAGGAGAUGGCAGAGGCAGAAGAUGCCCUCUCUGAAGCCAAUGCUCUCAACAACAACAAUGCCGAAGUUUGGGCAUAUCUGGCUCUAGUCUGCAUGCAGGGUGGAAGGCAACUGGAAGCAGAACAGUCAUAUAAAUAUGCUGUCAAGCUGGAACUGGCCAAUGCGGACCUUCUCCAGGAGAUCAGACAGGUGCAGAAAGAUGUUGGCUUUGGGGAUCCAUCCUUCUGAAUGCCUCUGUCUUAUGGACACUCUUGAUGGAAGGGAGGAAGGAAGGUUUAGAUGUUACAGAGUAAGAAGAUGCACCUUGUUGCUUCAUCCUUGCCCAUAGUCUGCAUGCCCUGAAUUAGUAUCACUGGUUACAUACAUCCCAAGGAAUACAAGUUCAUUAUAUAAGGAAUAUAAGUUCAUUGUUUGAGGCCUCCAUAUGGUAGGUUUCUCAGCUCUUUGGACCAGGAAGGGUCUACCGGAAAACACUUGCUUCCUUGGGACAACUUAAUGCUCAUAACAAAGACCUGUGGUCCAUGUGGAAUCAAUAAGGCCAAGACGUCCUGGAGCAGAAAACCUCCAUCCCCAGCAUAACUGGAAUUCAUUAGGUCCACCAGUUUGGAAGGAGAAGAGUACAUCUGUACCCAUUUGGUGUCAGGGGACUAGGACUAGGGAAGAGACCAUUUUGGUGGUCCUAUGUUAUUAGUUUGAGAUGUUCACAGAUCUUCAUUAGUCUAGGGAAUUCCGCAGCGCAUUGAUGAAGCAGCAAGAACAUCAUUCAGCUAAAAAAUAACAACUCUGGCAUGCUUUUCAAAAUGCCUGCUGGAGCUGAAUUGCUUUUCAAUUAAAAACAUAUUGAUUUAUAAAA